AUGGGCAAUUGUUUUGCCAAGAACCAUGGAUUGAUGAAGCCUCAGCAAAAUGGGCAUAACAACAGAUCAGUCGAAGUUGGAGGAGGAGGAGGGAGUCACCAAGAUCCACCGUCGUAUACUCCACAAGCGAGAAGUCAUACGCCGGAGAAACCAAACUCCGGGACAAGUCAACCACCACCGUGGAGAGUGGCGGCUGCAGCACCAGGACCAAGCCCUAAAACCACAAAGAGCAAUUCGAUUCUAGAGAACGCUUUCGAAGACGUGAAGCUUUUCUACACAUUGGGUAAAGAAUUGGGUCGAGGUCAAUUCGGAGUAACGUAUCUUUGCACAGAGAACUCGACGGGGAAAAAGUACGCUUGCAAAUCGAUAUCGAAGAAGAAGCUUGUGACGAAAGCUGAUAAGGAUGAUAUGAGGAGAGAGAUUCAGAUAAUGCAGCAUUUGAGUGGACAACCUAACAUUGUUGAGUUUAAAGGAGCUUAUGAAGAUGAGAAAGCUGUGAAUCUGGUGAUGGAGCUUUGUGCUGGUGGUGAGUUGUUUGAUAGGAUCAUUGCUAAAGGACAUUACAGUGAGAGAGCAGCUGCUUCUAUAUGUAGACAGAUUGUGAAUGUUGUCAAGAUUUGUCAUUUCAUGGGUGUCUUGCAUAGAGAUUUGAAGCCUGAGAAUUUCUUGCUUUCCAGUAAAGAUGAGAAGGCUUUGAUCAAGGCUACUGAUUUCGGCUUGUCUGUCUUCAUUGAAGAGGGAAAAGUAUAUAGAGAUAUUGUUGGGAGUGCAUACUAUGUUGCUCCUGAAGUCUUACGUCGUAGAUACGGGAAGGAAGUUGAUAUCUGGAGUGCUGGAAUCAUAUUAUACAUUCUACUCAGUGGUGUGCCCCCAUUUUGGGCUGAAACCGAGAAAGGGAUAUUUGAUGCUAUAUUGGAAGGCCAUAUUGACUUUGAAAGCCAACCAUGGCCGUCAAUCUCCAGCAGUGCCAAGGAUUUGGUACGUAGAAUGUUGACUGCAGAUCCAAAAAGGCGGAUUUCUGCUGCUGAUGUUCUUCAGCAUCCAUGGCUUAGAGAAGGUGGAGAAGCAUCGGACAAGCCAAUUGACAGUGCUGUUCUGUCAAGGAUGAAACAAUUUAGAGCAAUGAAUAAGCUAAAGAAACUUGCUUUAAAGGUCAUAGCAGAGAAUAUUGACACGGAAGAAAUCCAAGGAUUGAAGGCAAUGUUUGCUAACAUAGACACAGAUAACAGUGGCACAAUCACAUAUGAAGAGCUGAAAGAAGGUUUAGCCAAAUUGGGAUCUAAACUCACAGAGGCAGAAGUGAAGCAGCUAAUGGAUGCUGCUGAUGUUGAUGGGAAUGGAUCAAUCGACUACAUCGAGUUUAUUACUGCAACAAUGCAUAGACACAGGCUUGAAAGUAAUGAGAAUCUUUACAAAGCCUUCCAGCAUUUUGACAAGGAUAGCAGUGGUUACAUUACGAUAGACGAACUGGAAGCAGCACUGAAGGAAUAUGGAAUGGGAGAUGAUGCAACAAUCAAAGAAGUUCUCUCAGAUGUCGACUCGGAUAACGAUGGUAGAAUCAACUAUGAAGAGUUCUGUGCGAUGAUGAGAAGUGGAAAUCCACAACAACCGCGGUUGUUCUAG